AUGAGUUUAGAAAAUGAUGAUAAGAGAGCACGCACGCGAUCGAAGUCUAUCAGAGGUGAGCAGUUUGAUACCCGCAGCGUGAGGGUCUGUCCAACCCCAGGUUGUAACGGCUCCGGACACAUCCGUGGAAAGUAUGCAAGACACAGAAGUUUACAAAGCUGCCCUCUAGCAAAGAAGAGGAAACUUCAGGAUGCAGAGGCCGAACAUCUGGUGUCAAAGAGAAAAUCCCAUCCGCUCAAGCUGGCCUUGGAUGAAGGCUACAACGUUGACAGCGACGGCAGUGAGGAGACAGAGGCGAAGGAGGAGUCUGGCUCUGAUGAGUCGGAGGGGACGCUGGAGGAGGAAGAGGCAGAGACGGUGGAGCAGGAGGAGACCCGCAGCCCCGAGCCUGCAGAAGGUAGAAGCCCAGGAAAAUCAACCCAUUACGGACAAAAUACAGGAACGAGUACAUCUGGGCCCAGCAAGGCCAACUACAGCAGCUAUCAAGAAAUAAUAGCCAACUCUCUCCUAAACCUAGGCCAAAUAGCAGAAGAAACCCUUGCGAUAGAGGGGCAGCUGCCUGAAGCAGAGCUGCAGGUCUCCAAGCCACCGUCUAACGUCGUACACCUGGUCCAUGAAGACGCUGGGGAGGAGUUAGCGGAGGAGGAGUGUGACAAGGAAAUCAUCAUCCAGACGGAAGACGCGGAGGAGGUCAUUGAGGUCACCAGCGAACGCAGCAGCGAAUUGUGUCCGGAGCAUCGGGACAAUGCAAGCUGUGAGGAGUCCUGCAAGCUACAAAAGGGCAUGCAAGCUGAAGCAGAGGAGGAGGAUGAUGAAGAUGAGGAGGAGGAUGAAGAUGAAGAGGAAGAGGAAGAGGAGGAGGAGGAGGAUGAAGAGGAAGAGGAGGAUGAAGAGGAGGAGGAGAUGGCUCCUGAAGUGAUCUGUGAAGAGACUCCUCAUGCUUCUCAGGACACCCGGAAAAGCCACUGUGAAGGGCAGUUCAGCCCAAAGCCCGAGUACUCAGUCAUCGUGGAGGUCCGGUCGGAUGAUGACAAAGAUGAUGACGCGCGCUCCCAGAAAUCAGCGGUGACCGAUGAGUCAGAGAUGUACGACAUGAUGACGAGGGGAAACCUGGGGCUGCUGGAACAAGCCAUUGCGCUGAAGGCUGAGCAGGUGAAGAUUGUGAGGGAGCCCAGCCGGCUGCCUGGAGAACACGUGAAGCACUUCCAGGUGGAUGAGAAACAGAGCAAACCACUAGACAGCAUCCGCAAGAGCUACUAUGGCAAAGAUCCUGCAAGACCCGAGAAACGAGAAAUCAAAUGUCCAACUCCCGGCUGCGAUGGGACCGGCCACGUCACAGGACUCUACCCUCACCAUCGCAGCCUGUCCGGCUGCCCGCACAAAGACAGGAUCCCUCCGGAGAUCUUGGCCAUGCACGAGAACGUGUUGAAAUGCCCCACGCCUGGCUGCACUGGACAGGGCCACGUGAACAGCAACCGCAACACGCACCGCAGUUUAUCUGGGUGCCCCAUUGCUGCUGCUGAAAAAUUAGCCAAAUCGCAUGAAAAGCAACAAACUCAGUCUGGCGAUCCUUCAAAGAGCAGCUCCAAUUCUGACCGGAUACUCAGGCCUAUGUGCUUUGUGAAGCAGCUGGAGAUCCCUCAGUAUGGAAGCUACCGGCCCAACAUGGUCCCAGCAACCCCCCGGGCCAACUUGGCCAAGGAGCUGGAGAAGUACUCCAAGGUCACCUUCGAUUAUGCAAGUUUUGAUGCUCAGGUUUUUGGCAAACGCAUGCUUGCCCCAAAGAUUCAGACUAGCGAAACCUCACCUAAAGCCUUUAAAUGCUUCGACUACUCCCACGACGCCGAGGCUGCGCACAUGGCUGCCACUGCCAUCUUAAACCUCUCCACCCGCUGCUGGGAAAUGCCUGAAAAUCUCAGUACGAAGCAGCAAGAGGCUCCCAGCAAGUCCAUGGACAUUGAGGUGGAUGAAAAUGGGACUUUGGACUUGAGUAUGAACAAGCACCGCAAGCGGGAGAGCGCCUUUCCCAGCAGCAGCAGCUGCAGCAGUAGUCCCAGCAUGAAGUCCCCAGAUGUGUCCCAGCGCCAAAACAGCACCAGUGCCACGAGCAGCACCAUGACCUCCCCUCAAUCCAGCCAGACCUCCCGCCAGGAUGAAUGGGAUGGACCCAUUGACUACACUAAACCAAAUCGUCAGCGGGAAGAGGAGCCAGAAGAGUCAGAGCCUGCAGCUCAUUCUUUUGCCUCCUCGGAAGCUGACGAGCAAGAAGUGUCGGAGGAAAACUUUGAAGAACGAAAAUACCCAGGGGAAGUUACUUUAACCAACUUCAAGCUCAAAUUCCUCUCCAAGGACAUCAAGAAAGAACUGCUCACUUGCCCUACGCCAGGCUGUGACGGCAGCGGACACAUCACGGGAAACUAUGCCUCUCACCGCAGCCUUUCUGGUUGUCCUCUUGCUGACAAGAGCCUCAGAAACCUCAUGGCUGCCCACUCUGCUGACCUCAAGUGCCCUACUCCUGGUUGUGAUGGUUCUGGUCACAUAACAGGAAAUUAUGCAUCGCAUAGAAGUCUGUCAGGCUGCCCUCGUGCCAAGAAAAGCGGAAUCAAGAUAACCCCGACAAAAGAUGAUAAAGAAGACCCCGAGCUGAUGAAGUGUCCGGUUCCUGGCUGUGUUGGGCUUGGCCACAUUAGUGGCAAAUAUGCCUCUCAUCGGAGCGCGUCAGGGUGCCCUCUUGCAGCUCGCCGGCAGAAAGAAGGAUCGCUCAACGGCUCCUCAUUUUCCUGGAAGUCGUUGAAGAACGAAGGCCCGACCUGCCCUACUCCAGGCUGUGAUGGCUCAGGGCACGCCAAUGGGAGCUUCCUCACUCACAGAAGUUUGUCAGGGUGCCCAAGAGCUACUUUUGCUGGGAAGAAAGGAAAACUCUCAGGGGAUGAAAUUCUCAACACGAAAUUCAAGACCAGCGAUGUUCUGGAGAACGACGAGGAGAUCAAGCAGCUGAACAAGGAGAUCAGUGAGCUGAACGAGUCCAACUCGGAGAUGGAAGCAGCCAUGGUGAAGCUGCAGUCGCAGAUAUCCACCAUGGAAAAGAACCUGAAGAACAUUGAGGAGGAAAACAAAAUCAUCGAGGAGCAAAACGAAGCCCUGUUCUUGGAGCUCUCAGGGUUGAGCCAGGCUCUAAUCCAAAGUCUUGCCAAUAUCCGCCUUCCACACAUGGAGCCGAUUAGCGAGCAGAACUUUGAGGCGUACGUGAACACGCUGACGGACAUGUACACCAACCAGGAGUGCUACCAGAACCCCGAGAACAAGGACCUGCUGGAGAGCAUCAAGCAAGCCGUGAAGGGUAUCCAGGUUUAG